UUCAGGAAUUGGAUGAAACUAAUCGUGGUUCGGGUGGUUUUGGCUCAACAGGAAAAAAACUAAGAUUAAGGCAUAGAUUUUUCAAUUGUUUCAAAGUGUGACCAAAGUUUAAACAGUGGUGUAUGUAUUUACGGAUUAUUGUGGUCGUCUUUAUAUUUAUGGUGAAGCCACAAUAAUCCCAUUUGUGUCCAACGAAGCUUUACAUUUAUUUUCAGUAUUAGUUUUUCAUUACAUUACGUUUUUGUCUGAAUGCAGCAGAGUAUUGCUAAAUAUCUAGUCUUCCCGAAAUUGCUGCUUUUAUUUCGGAACAAUUUUGAACUUAAAGCAAGUUUGUACAUAUCUUGUUAUUUAACUUUUGUCACAUGUUAAGUCCCUUUUUCAUUUCUCCUAUUUCCACCGACAGUUUUUAUAUUUAUAAGAUCUUGUAAACAAAAUGUUGUUCCUUUGUCAAUAUCUUGUGUAAAUAUUAAUAUGUUUCAUUGUUGUAAUAUAUGUUGAAUCCUAAAUGUGUGUCAGUUGAAAUUAUAAUUUGCAUUCAAAAUACUGAUCUUUCAUAAACUUGAAAUGUGGGAGGUAUUGUAUUUGUCAAUAGGUUAUUCAUAUAUUUAUAAGGUUUUGCAGAAAAAGUUAACAAGAACAUUUGUUCUAAAAAAAUGUAAUUUAUUUCUGUCAUUAUAAACGAAUACUUCUGUAAUUAAAAAUAUUAAAAGUACAAUAAUUUAAUGUAAUUAAUGUUAAUUAGUACGUGUUAACAGAUUAAAGUUUUUCUUAACCUGGAUUUGUGAUUUGAAAAUCUUUUAUUGUAGUAAUUUUUGAAUAGUUUUCAACAGUGUUUUACUUUGCAAAAUAUUGUUUUUAAAUGAU